AUGUCGGAAAACGAAAACCUCAUCGAAAAGGACUUGAAAUCGAUUGAAGCCGAUCUCGGCGACGACCACGUCACCGGAAUCUUCAGAUCUCUCCAGUCGGACUCUCCCAGGGCCUACACUAGCCUUCUGGAGCUCCACAAAGAAGUUUCAAUCUUGGAAAUUCACAAAUACCCAGCUUUCAGUGCUGUCGGGUCUUCGCCAGAUACCCGAAACCUGAAGAAAAUGGGCUCAGAAAACGCUCAAAAUCUUCCGUUUCUUCAGUUCGGUCAAGUGAGUUCACUAAAAUUUAUAUAUUCAAAGUGAUGAUGAAUUUACAGACAGGUAGUACAAGAUUAAAACGAUGA